UCUCACAAUUAUCGAAACGACAACUCCUUCUGUUUACCCAGCAUUCAAUUAACAGUCCUCAUCUGAUGGUGUCACAUGGUAGCCAGUUUCAGGAAAACAAAUUAGACAGGAACCAACGCAUAGUAGACAGUAAGAGUGUUGUAAACCAGGAAGUGUCACAUGUGCGUGACCAACAUGCUAUGGCUAAUUGACCUCGUUUGAAAAGGCAUCCUGAUAAAAAACCUCGUCUCAUUUUUCACCGGAUAUCUUCUCUGAGCUUGGCAGAUGUUUUUUUGGCCACUCCAGACCAAGACCGUUUAUGCUUUUUGUUGAGCUGAAAUUCCAAUCGCUACAAUCGGAACUCCCGACUGGCAACCUGGAAAAUGGUCUUAGAGGUGUCCAGCGUUAAUUUUCCUCAACGACCUUCAUCGUUAUCUUUCUCUGGGUCUGGCUUCUUGGCGACCUACCAGUUGGGGGUUGCGCAAUGCUUUCUCCGUAACGCACCUUGGUUGGUGCAGACAGCGCCAUCUAUACUCGGAGCGUCAGCCGGGUCUUUGGUAGCCGCUUGCGUUGCCUGCCAAUUGAACCUGGUAACAAUGCGAAACGAGAUGCUUUACUUUGCCAAAAAAAUGAAAGGUUUCGCACUUGGACCGUUCAGCCCUUCAGUUAAUCUUCUGCACUGGUUACGAUACGUCUUAAAUAAACAUCUUCCAUCUGAUGCGCAUCUUCUCGCAAGUGGACGUCUCGCUGUGGCUCUGACCCGUUUGGAUAACGGCGAACACACGAUCAUAACAGAGUACCACUCCAAAGAUGAUGUCAUACAAGCUCUGCUUUGUAGCUGUUUUGUUCCUGGAUAUUGUGGCAUGCUCCCUCCCUCGUUUAAUGGAGUUUAUUAUAUGGAUGGAGGCUUCAGCGGAAUGCAGCCCGUGCUGUCAUUACCCGACCGCACGUUAACAGUUUCUCCAUUCUCGGGCGAGACGGACAUCUGCCCCGCAGACACACCCUGCAUGUGGGACAUGGUGGUGACCGGACUCACGCUAAAGGGCAACGUCGCCAACGGGCUGAGGUUCUUUAAUGCGCUCUACCCCUUAAAAGUGGCGACUGUGGAGCAAGCCUAUCACAGCGGCUACAAAGAUGCCAUUCAUUUUCUUCUGAGCAACCAGUUUGUCUCCAACAAUACAAUGAAAAGGAUUUCCCAGGAGGUUGGAAAUUACAGUCGCACUGAAACGUCAGCUUUCCCGGAAGAGGAAGAGGAGGAUGUGGAUGAGGAAGUGGAGACGACAACAAAGAUGACUUUGACAGAACCUUCUCUCACUUUUGACACAUUAAAGAACGGUCUCCUUGGCGAUGUGAUGAGUUACAGGAGCAUGCUGGAACUCCCUGCUGGUUACUUGACCUACUUCUUGCUAACUAUCAUGCUGGUCUCACAGGCUCUGAUCGCGACUCAAAAAAGAGUACAGUUGCUGUUCCGACAGAUUCCAGACUUGGUGUUAUGGACUUGGUAUAGCCUGAGACAAUUUGGAGUCUUCUUUUUUGGCAUACUGUUUGGUACCUUCAAGAAGAACGUAAAGGACACGGUUUUGCCCUUCAUGCUGGUCUUGCAGUUGGUCAGGCAACAAUCAGAAGACGAGGUUCCGCAUAAGCAGAUCGACCAGACCGCUUACAAAGAACCGUCUUGCCGCGUUCACUCCGACAGUGUCAAGUGUGGGAGUCUUCGUUCCCAUACACCUUUACGAGGUUUAUGAAGUACCAGAAAUAAAAAAGCGGUAAGACUAAAACGUAGCAAGAAGGCAUACUCGUGACUAGGUGUGUGCUCGUUUAGUCUCAUAUUUUUUUUGAAAGUUGAGUUUAUCUAUCUAUGAUGUAUCUUCUCGGAAGUGUAGCAACAUGGUAGCCUCAAAACAAGUGUCAAAGCAAAGAUUGUUCAACAUCAUGGUGUAGGGGAAGGAUACAAAAAGUCAGCUCAGAGAUUUUGGCUGUCAUGUUCCACUCUGAGGCUGGUUUUCAGUUUUACGCUGCCAAAAUUUGGAACGGUCUUCCAGAAGAUGUGUGACAAUCCUCAACUUUGGCAAUGUUCAAAUCCAAGCU